AUGGGAAGUUUCGGAUCGGUGUCGUCCGCACCACCCGGGUCGGCAAAGAUUGUUCCAGCGUUCCAGAUGGACUACACAAUAACAGAAACGGACACUCUGGAACGAGUCGCCGCGUCACACGACUGCACAGUCGGCGAGCUCAUGAAGCUCAACAAGAUGGCGUCACGAAUGGUGUUCCCUGGACAGAAGAUCCUGGUGCCCUUGGCGAAUUCUGACGACGUCUUCGAUCCACCCUCUUCCACGUCUUCUUUGAAAUCUUCUGGAAAUCAAGUAUCGGGGAUUGAAAAUGCAGAAGACGGAAUACGAAAAGGUCCGGGCGGUGCGGUUCCAGCGCAUGUCCGCCGGGGAUCGUUCACCAAAACCCAGUCGGCGCCGAUUCCACGUGGCAGUAACGAAGAAGCGGAUACUGAUUGUCUACAGAGGUUUCUGAAGAUCAAAGUGAAACAAGUCACAGAAUCCGAUGGGACCGUAUCGGGAACGCUGCUGGUGACACCGAAUUGCUUGAUGUUCGAUCCGGAUGUUUCGCAUCCGUUGGUGAAGGAGAACGGACCGGAUUUGUAUGGAAUGGUGGCGAAUAUGGACGAAAUUCAGUCAGUGUCGGUGUACAAAGAGAUCAGCGGAUUGACCGGUGAUAAGGAAGAGAAGAAGAGGGAUAUUUUCGAUCCUGAACAUUUGAGAACGCCAGAAGAUAGUCCAAAGAAAGAGGUAAAAAACCAAGAAGAGAUCGAUAUCCCCAAAAACGGAGACGUCCAAUUCGAAGCCGGAUCCGUUGACUCCAACCACUCGCCAAAGUUCGGAAGCGACAUUGCUCUUCCAGCGAUUUCAGAAGAAACCAAGGAUUCCCCCUGUGACGAGCACAAAGGAAGCGAUAGUCGCACUCGAGCAGCGACUCUCGGAGAUGAGGAAGUUCAGAUGAGAGCCAGAUCUCGAUCCAGGACGUCUUCUCAAGCUAGCAGUAACGAUGAGAGGCCAAGGAGUUUUUCGGAACUGGAUACGCCAUCAGAAGGCAAGAAUAUCGGAAGGUUCUCUCCGAACGCAGCCAGACGUUCGUUCGGAAAGCUCGGGAGAACGCUAAGCGCUCGCGCUAAGUCCAUUCAAGGAACAGUGACGUCAGGAGCUGAGAAAGUUGUGGGGACUGCUGUUCAAGGAACAAAAACUGUGGCUCAUGGCGUGGUGACGCACACCAAAAGUGCUGCGGACACCCUACAGUCUGGAAUUGAAAACGGGGCGAAGGCAGCCGCUGAUGUCGCAGGCCGUGUCGUCGACAAGGGACAAUCGCUGAUGAGUGAAAGCAUCAAUGGCGUUCAGGAGAUUUUCAGUGUACCCGAUUUUGAGCAACCCGCCAAAAGUCCGAUGGCUAUGAAGCGAGAGCAGUCGCUGGCAAAACUUCAAGACCUGAGGAGACAAACAGCAGAAGCAAGAGAGAAUUCGGCCAAGGAGAAUCGGGCCAGCGUCUUUGCAUGUGCCACAUCGAGCGACGAGAUGCCACACGAUCUCCUCGCCGACGUCGAUCAAAUCAUCGAGCGAAGUCGAAUUCAGAGCAACGAUUCAACGGCGUCACAACCGCUUCUCCCAUUCUACAUGGCCGUUAGACUGACAAGAAAUAAGAAGAAGAAGAAGUCUUCAACCAGUUCGCCAUCCUACGACGAAGAUAUCGCGUUUGGAAAUAAGCUCAAGAGAGAGUUCGCCGUGCCACGUAGCCAAGCCGACAACAUCUACCACUUCCUUCUGCAGUGGUCACCGGAUAAGUACGGAUUGGACACAACCGCCGGUGGCACCAACGAGGAACCGUCCGUUGUGAUGGUUAGCGACGGCACAGACAAAGGAUUCAUCGUGUUAGGAUCGAACGCCGACGAGUCGCUCGGAGGCGAAAAAUCGACACCACUCUUCGGCUCAUCGUUGCUCAACCGCGAAUGGGAGCUCGUCACAGUGUCGGAAAUGUGCCGUCGCUUGUCGCUCGACCAGGAGCUCGAGCUGCCGAUCCCGGACGGCGCCAACACGUCGCAGAUUUUGGAUGAGCUCAUGAUCAGACAGGUGAUGGACAUUCUCCCGCCACGCGCCGAAGGCUACCCAUGGGUCAACAUCUACAACUCGGAGAAGCACGGAUUCUCACUGGCCACCAUGUACAGAAAAAUGGCCGAGUUCGACGAAGACCUCUCGCCAGUCCUGCUCAUCAUCCGCGACACCAAAGAGCACGUCUUCGGAGCAGUAGUGUCGUCGGCCAUCCGCCCAUCAGACCACUACUUUGGCACUGGUGACAGUUGUCUCCUGUGGAGAUUCACUGGUGAAGCGCCGCAUACUCGCGAACUCCGUCAAUUCAACUGGACCGGCGACAAUCAGUACUUUGUCAACGCCGCGAAAGAUUCGCUCUCCAUCGGAGCUGGUUCGGGAAGAUAUGGAUUAUGGUUUGAUGCUGACCUUAAUCACGGACGCUCCCAGAAAUGCGAAACUUUCGACAAUGAGCCGUUAUGUGGAGACAAUGAAGACUUCGUUAUUCAAUUCAUUGAAGCCUAUGGUUUCCGAAUGUAA